GCAUCUGAGGACGCUGUCAGACAUGCGUCAGGUGCAGACGGUCAUCAACGGCUCACUCGAAUUCAUGGCGCAUCUGGCAGCGGAGCUCACUGACAUCCUCGACACAGCGACGGCCCGGCAGCAGCACCAGCAGCAGCACCAGACGGCCGUCAUCGCCCCCCCUCAGCAGAUGGGUCCGUUCGCCAGGCGCGUUGCCGCCUUCUGUGUGCCCAUCCCCGACCAGGAAAUUGAGGACCAGACACGCCUCGGUCAGCGUGUCAAUGCGGCCAUCCGUCGGUUCACCGCCGCGGCUGCGCAUGCCUUUGCCGCGAGCGAUGGCGAGGCGCCGGCGAGCGUGUCGUCGCUCAUGUGCUUCGUGCUGGGGCAGCCGGGCGGCCCGCAGGUGGGCGUGCGGGAGGUGGUCGUCAAGUCGAUAGCGGACGAGGCGGCCCGACAUGGCCUGACGAUAGCAGGGCUGCCGACUCUUGUGCCGACGUUCGACCUGCGCGACGUGGGGUAUGUGCGAAGGGUGGGCGGCAGCGAGGCGUUUGAGCCGAUGCAUCUCGAGUCGCUGACAGACAGGCAGCCGGGCGAGUCGCCGGGUCUGGCCAAUGUGCCGCCCUUGUGGGUACUUAACUGGCUUUGACCUUUGUAAGUGUAUAUCUGCCGUCCUUCCUUUUUGGUACGUACGGUUUUCUUCCUUCCUUAUCAAGCAAGCGCCCGGCGUGUGUUUGUGCUCCAUUGUCUGCCUGUCUGCUGCGGUAGACUCACUGACCGACUCCAUGGAUGGAUGGAAGAAAGUAUGCAGUACACUGACUGACCAGUAUAUGUGGAGUGUGUGGUGGGUGGUGCGAUCGGUCGAUCAUGAAGUGGUUGUGUGCUCUAGUGUCACGGUGACGGAGGGGGGUUUUGAUGGCCUGCUGCCUGCCUUCCCCUCACCGUCCUGCAUGCCUACCUGCCCGUCUGUCUGUCUAUCUGUCGCCCGCCAGUCAUGUCGUUUUAAUGCACAGCUGGGCGGAAGCAGAGACAGGGCAGCCAGCCUCACUCGCGGCGCAUUGAUUGCAUGGCCUUAUCGCUGUCGUGCUGCCUGUCUGUCUGUCUGUCUGUCUGUCUGUCUGCCGCCCCUUCCUGUUAUCUGUCGAUAGCUUAGUAGCCACAGCCAUGGCUGCCUCUCUCUCUCUCUCUCUGUUUUGAUGGGACGACACACAUGCCUCGCUUCUCCUUUCCAUCCAUCCAUCCAUCCAUCCAUCCAUGUCUGUGUGUGUUUCACACUCGUCGUCCAUUCACACACACACACAGACACACACCAUCAUACCAGACAGACAGACAGCUCCGAUGCAGUCAGUCAUUUUUGCCAGCCCCUUUGUACACGGCGUUGAUGCCGUGCCGAGGGGGCGGGUGGGUGUUUGGGUUCCCUUCCUGUGUGUGUCGUCCUGCAUUCACAUCGGUUUGCGUCCCCCUCCUGCAUGGCGCUCGGUCACGACUCGAGGCUCUCUUGCUGAACGUUUCCAUGUACAUACGUACACAACGCACAUUGAUGCAGUUGGAUCCGUCCAUUGUGCAUGAUGGAUGGUAUGUGGUGGGUGGGGUGCGAUGCGUGUCAGUCAUGUGCCCGUGGUCCGUCUCUGCUGCCUUGCCUGGUACCUGUGGACGUCCGUACGUACGUAUUUGUCUCUCUGUCUGUCUGUCUUUCUGUCUGUCUCUAGACAGAGCUAUGUACAUACAUAUACUGAGUGUGCACAUCAAGUGCACAUUGGGCCCUCCCUAAGCUUGCUUCUCUCUGUCCGAAUGUGUUGCCCGGUGGCUGACUUGGUGAUGCCUGGGCGGUCGCAGAUAGACAGUGCGGCCGUGGAGGUGUGUGAGGACGUGUGAGUGAACAAAAAGCGCUGCAGCUCGAGCCGCCGGUUUAACGCAUUUUCUGUUUCGCCUGG